GGCUCCAGUAUUCAUAUUAGUGAUUUUGUUUGUGAAUCUAUUGGGCGUCUCAAACUUUUAGACUAUGAAAUUGGUAUAAAUGACUUACUUCCUGAUUCCAUGCAUCUUAAAUAUACCAAAGCAGGUAUUGCCAUCUAUCUAGGCAUAAAUCGUGAUGGUUGGUGGACAUGCGAUGAUUUAGUUAAUCAGGUAGUUGAAUGUGCUAUACCAAUAUUUGAACGAACACACCCUAACAAGAUAGCUCUAUUUAUGUUUGAUAAUAGUAGCAAUUAUGGUUCAUUUGCUGAAGAUGCUCUUUUGGUCUCACAAAUGGGUAUGAAAGAUGGUACAAAAAAACUACUUCUUCAUGAUGAUACAAUGCCUAAUGGUUCCAAGUAUAUAAUGAUCUAUAUAGACAAUGCUAAUAUAAAAAGGCCUAAGAAAAUUAAACGGGUUCUUGAAGAAAGAG